AUGGAGAAGAGGGAAGAAGGCGCGAAAGGCUUCAAAAAGGUCAGGACGGGGGGAGCAGGGGGCCAGGAGGGAAUUCAUCUUGGAAAGUGACGGGUGGCGGUUAAAGGGUGUGUGUGUGUGAAAGGGAGCCCUGAGAAUUCAGAGUUUACACACACACGCGCUAAAAUGUUAUGGCAGGAACUUGGGAAGGUUUCUAUGUAAGUUGUUUCAGUGGCUUGUCAAGUUCUGCAAAUCCUGCUGUGAAGGCUAAAGAGGUUCCCUCAGGGAAGACCUGUGUCUUGGGAGGGCUCUUGGUUUAGACUCCCAGUGUUUCCCAAACUUGGGUCUCCAUUUGCUUUUGGACUACAAUUCCCACCCUCCCUGACUUGCUAGCUAGGGAUGAUGGGAGUUGUAGUCAAAAAACAACAGCAGCUGGAGACCCAAGUCUGGGAAGCACAGGUUUAGAGGAAGGGUCGUACAGUGGUGCCUCAGGUUAAGUACUUAAUUCAUUCCGGAGGUCCGUACUUAACCUGUUACUGUUCUUAACCUGAAGCACCACUUUAGCUAAUGGGGCCUCCUGCUGUCGCUGCGCCGCCGCUGUACGAUUUCUGUUCUCAUCCUGAAGCAAAGUUCUUAACCUGAGGUACUAUUUCUGGGUUAGCAGAUUAUGUAACCUGAAACGUAUAUAACCUGAAGCGUAUGUAACCUGAGGUACCACUGUAUUUGGAUUUGGGGGCACUAAAGAAUACAGUGGUACCUCGGGUUACAUAUGCUUCAGGUUACAGAUUCCGCUAACCCAGAAAUAUUACCUCGGGUUAAGAACUUUGCUUCAAGAUGAGAACAGAAAUCGUGCUCGGCAGCGCAGCAGCAGCAGGAGGCCCAUUAGCUAAAGUAGUGCUUCAGGUUAAGAACAGUUUCAGGUUAAGAACGGACUUCCGGAACGAAUUAAGUACUUAACCCGAGGUACCACUGUAGUGGAUAGAUAGAGCAGCUUGGCCAAUUCAGGACUGCAAGAGUUGGGCUUAAUCUUCUUCUGGAGAAUCAGAUUAUGGGUGCUCAGAAGCAGGGGUGGUUUCCUUAAAGGGUAGGCAUUGGAUGAGGAAUGGGGUUGGGGAAGGACCAAGGAGGUUCCACUAUAAAGUGGUGUUGGGGAGAGACAUGAAUUGGUAGUGUUUAAGCCCUAUCCAUUGCCCCCCCCCCGCUUGCUUGAGGGAUUUUUUUGCCCCUGGCUUCCGGAUUUGUAAGUUAGCCAGGGCUGCCUACCCACCGUAAUAUUAUGUCUGCCUGCAGGUCAUUUUGUAAUGGCCUUCAUUUGCUAUAGAGAUCUGAGGGCUGGGAGUGUGAAAAUAAUUGUAAUAAUGGAUGUUGUAAUAAUGGGUAACUUCAGCUGCCUUCAAGUUGCUUAGGUGAACUCACGUUCAGGCAGUGACAAAGCAAAACAUAUCUAAAUGACUGUGCCAUGAAACUGUUGGGGAAGAAAGCAAAUAAAUGGGAAUGACCCUGGAAUUACAGAACAACCUAAAUGCCCUUCACAACAGGCUGGAGAGAGGGUUGAAUUGGGCAGAGGUGUCUCUCUGCCCAGCCCUGCUGCCUGCAGGGAGAUACCGGCGUCACGCCACAAGUAUGGAGCUCCCAUUCACCCUGUCAGAUGUGCUGUUGGAUCCCAAGCUUGUCCCAGUGAUGCUGUGUUAUGGCAUCAGGCCUUAUUACUGCCCCAGCUCCAGGCUGCUGCUGUGAUACACUUACUUCCUUGCUCCAGCAUCCCCCCCCAGGUGAUGGUGGCAGAGCUGUGGAUGCAGUGUUGGUCCUGCCACUUUGUUCAGCCCCUCCAGGCCAUAGUAGUUGUAGUAGUAGUAGUAGUAGUAGUAGUAGUUAGGAUUGUAGCUAGAAACCUGAGUGGUAGCCCAGGACCUGUUGCAAGAUGUAAAUGAUGUUGAACUGAUUGGGAAAAGAGACCACGGCCCUAUCAAAUUAAACAUACAAGAAUGUGGAAAGCUGCCCAUGAAGUCAAACAUGGGCAAACUUAAAUUUCAGAAGAUGGGAAAGGAAAGGAAUAGGAAGAGUUAAAAUGCUCCCAGACUGGCUUCUGAACUUGGGACCUUCUGAUUGCAAAGCAGGUGUACUACAACCGAACCAUAACUUUUGGGAGAUCAGAGCAGAUGUCUCUCCAUUCAUCCUCUAAUAAGACUGAUCCUUGUAAGCUGCCCUGGGGGACUUUUUGGGCAAAGAAUCUGGUAAAAAUGUUUUAAAUGCCCUUUCACACUUUCAUGGUGAGAACAUAAGAAGAGUCCUGUUAGAUCAGACCAAAGGCACAUAUAAUCUAGAACCCUGUUCCAAGUGGCCAACCAAAUGCUGCUGGGAAGCCCUCAAGCAAGACUUGAGUGCAACAGCACUCUCCCAACUUUUGAUUCCCAGUAAAUGCUGUUCAAACACCUACAGCCUUUGAUAGUGAAUUUAGUCAUGGCUGGUAGUCAUGAUAUUCCCCGUGAAUUUGACUAAUCUUCUAAAUCCAUCCACAUUGGUAGACAUCACUACAUUUUGUGGGAGCAAAUUCCAUAUGUGCUGUGUGAAGAACUCCCUUUUGCCUGUCCUGAAUCUUCCAACAUUCAAUUUCAUUGGAUCGACUCAUGAGUUCAAUUAAUAGGAGGAGGGAGAAAAGCUUUUCUUGGUUCAUUUUCUCCACAUCGCAUCAUUGUAUGUGCUCCUUUGUCUUGCCCUCCCCCCAAGUACUCACUCUUUCAAAACUAAGAAACCCCAAAUGCAACUUUUCUUCACAAGGUAGUUGAUUCAGUCCUUUGAUCACACAAGGCAACCAGAAUUGUAGCUAGCAUUCCAUGUGCCAUAGCUUUGUAGAAUGGCAUCAUGAUAUUGGCAGACUUUCAGUCCCUUUCCUACUGACCCUCUUAAUGGAAUAUGCUAAACUAGUGAAACUCUCCAGAGCACUUCCAGAUAUAUGCAGCAGGUAGCGCUACAGCCUAGUUAAUUUUGUGUUUUAUUUUCUAGCAGGCCCACAUGAUAAAAUCCGUAAGCCGUUCCUUCUUGUGCAAAGGAUUCUUUAUAUACUAAUCUAGAUGUUAUGCUGAGUUAGGCAUGCCCAAACCCUUUGAUUUCAAAACAUUUAGAGGAAAGAUUGUAGUCAGUGGCAAAGCAUCUGCUUUGCAUGCAAUAGGUCCCUAGUUCAGUCCCCAGCUAGGGUCGGAAAAGACCUUUGUCUGAAAUCCUGGAGAGCCACUUCCCAUCAAUGUCAACCAGAUGUGGGGAAGCUUUGGCCUCCACACGCUGCUCCCACGAUCCCUGGCCAUUGGUCAUGUUUCUUGGAGCUGAUGGGAAUUGUAGUACGGCAGCAUCUGGAGCGUCAAAGGUUCUUCAUACCUGGCAUAGACAAUAUUGAGCUAGACAAAGCAAUGGUCUGACUUGCUUUAAGGCAUGCCCCUAUGUUCCUGACUCUGGUACGGAGUUAAGGCUCAGACGGCUGAUUAACCGCUUAUAAAAUGAAAUUAUCAUGGUAGCAUCAUUAGAAAUCCUUUGUAACAGAAUCUGGGGGGCACUUUUUUAAAUCCAGCUUUGGUAACCAGCAUCCUAAUUACAGCCAUUUUUGCACAGUCCUGCCUAGAUCUUAUUUGUCAUUAUUAUUUUAUCUUAACAGCCAGUCCCUCCUAGGGGUGUUCGAUAGGGCUUUCUUAGCAUACAUUACUCAAGCUAGUAUUUUCCAUUUGGAUGAAGAAAGAGUUUGACAUUUUAAUUAACCCUUCCCAAACCUGUUGUCCUCCAGAUGUUUUGGAUCCCAACUCACAUCAGCCCUGGUGGAAACACCCAAUAGGGAUUAUGGGAAUUGUAGUCAGCAACAGCUAGAGAGAAUCAGGUUGGGUAAUACUGAUUUAAUCAGGAGUUGAAAAAGAUAUUUUGAAUUCGCCUCCAGAACCAAAAACUUAUCGCCUCCAGAACCAAAAACUUACUGAACCAGUAUAAUGUUGUUGCCACUGGUGUCUUCCUUAUACUCUUUGUUAAUACGACACAACUGCAUUUUCCUUGAAAUAUUUUUAUAUCUUCAGUACACCACAAACAUUCUUCACUUGUGGCCUAGCUGCUAAAUUUGCUUUUACAAAGAUGCAGUUUUCUGGCUCAUCUGAAGUGAUUCAGGGGACAGUCACUGCAGCUUCUGUUAGUACUUACAUUCAUACCAGUCCCUUUCUUGAGCAAUUCUUAAUUCCUAAAACUGUAAGUCACUGUAAUGCAUAGUUUUUCAUGACUCUCAUUUUCAUACAUCUUUAUUCUCUUAGUGUGCAGUGCUACUUUAUAUACCAGUUCAGAAAGCCAGGGCUAAAAUUAGUAAAUCCCACUUCACAGGAUUUGAUGUAGUAGCAUCUCUACCAAGAACUGAAAGUUACCUUAGAGGAAAAGAUGGAAGAAAUAUGAAAUAAAUAAAUAUUUUCUGGGGCUUCCCCAAACCUCCAGAACAGAUUGGUGCAGUGGUGUUGGGAGAGGGAUUACAGUGGUACCUCGGGUUACAGACGCUUCAGGUUACAGACUCCACUAACCCAGAAAUAGUACCUUGGGUUAAGAACUUUGCUUCAGGAUGAGAACAGAAAUCGCGCGCUGGCGGCGUGGCGGCAGCAAGAGGCUCCAUUAGCGAAAGUGGUGCUUCAGGUUAAGAACAGUUUCAGGUUAAGAACAGACCUCCAGAACGAAUUAAGUUCUUAACCCAAGGUACCACUGUAUAUGUGGAGAACAAGACCCUUUGUGUAUGCAGAAGUCCUUGCCUUAAGCUCAAUGAUUUUAUUGGAUGCAACCCUAGUUAAUUAAUGGGAGGGCAUCAUUUUUUUAUUGGGAGGGUUGUAAGAUAAGGGCAUACACCUUAUUUCUUUAGGUUAUUCUGGUUCUAACAGAACAGAAGAGCAAAUGCUAAAAAGGGCCUUUCCAUCUGGCAGUGAAUGUUUGUUUUCCUUUUUGAAGGUGCAAGUGAGCAACCUAUUCUGAGAAAUUCAUGUGUGAAUUUAGAUGUUGCUGACUAGUCAACUAAAAAUUGUUUAACAUGAUGAGGCUUCUAAUCUCAUGCAGUUCUAUCCAGCCACUGAGCUGGGUUGAAGAGGCUCCUUCUGCAUGUCCUACCAUCAGUUGAGGUACAAUGGAUGGGAACAUGAAAAGAGGGCUGUUCUGUUUGGAGCACCCAGGUUGUAGAACUGUCUGUCUAGGAAGAGCCACUUAGCCCCCUUGCUUUUUGGUCUUCUGCCUCAGGUUUAGGACCUUCUUGCUAGCUUUUGGCCCAACUUUAGUGUCUCUUUUCCUUUUUUCAUCUCCAGUAUGGUUUUCUUGGCUGCUGCUGCUUUUUGAGAUUUAGUGUUCUGAUUAUGUAUUGUUUUUACCCUGAUGAGAGCCAACUUGGGUACCCUUGUAUUCAGAGCAGAAAGGCAGAAUUAAAAACCCCUAUAAUAAAUAAGAUAGCACAAAUAAGGCAGUUGGUGGGGAGGAGAAUUAUCGCCGAUUAAUAAAAAAAGUUUGGGCCUCAGCAACAGAGAAAUGGUGGGUGAUGGAGCCAGUUAUGUGGUCCCUGCCCAGGGAUGGAAGAUUGGCAUCAAUAGUUGUUGCUCUCUUGGUCCCAGAGAAUGAGAUGCAAAACAGGUAAGGUAAUAUACUUUAUUGGCUGAGCUUCUUUUGAUGUACUCCUACACUGGCAGAAGUUGAUCUCAUAAAAGAUAUUGCUUUACCUAUUUUAUAUCUCUUUGAAAUGGAAAGACAGGGAGAUUCACUUUUUCUCCAUUAACACCCCUUGACUGAUUUCCUUUCCAUGCAGGAGACCGUGAACAAACUGCUCCAGCUCCACUUCAAAGAUGACAAAACACGAGGUAAUUGCUUUCCCUUCUGUCUCAAUAAGGAGGCCAAUUCCUGCUCGCAAUCUUGCCAAACUUUUCUGUAGAGAGAUCAUGCCCUGGAAUAUCAGAGGUAACCAUGAUUCCUGGGUUGUGGGCAGAUAACUGGGCUGGGCAUUUCUCAUGGUUACUUUUCCCCCUCUUUCCAGUCAGUGGUGAUGCUCUGUUGCUCAUGGCAGAAAUGCUCAAAGUGUUCGUGCGAGGUAAGUUGUAAAGGACUGUGCCUUUUUUCCAUAGAAUGGCAGUCACAGAUGAAUGAUAUAGAAGGACAAAAAUUAGUGCAAAAAUCAGAAGACUAUAAAAACUCUUUAUUCUUUUAAGGUGUAGCCUCACUGCUCAUUCAGAAGGCAGUACAAGUCGACAGGAGAUACUAGAAGGAAUAAAGCAGGACAAGCUAAAUCUUGGUUCAGCACAAAAACCAAGUCCUGAAGAAAAAAACACCUUGAUCUUUCUAUCAGAAACUAGUAGAUUCUUCAUGAAACCUUACACUUUAACCAGGCAAUAGAGCUUGAUUUUCCAGGCUUGAUACAGAAUAGGUACAGCUUAAAUGCUGAAAGCUUAUUUUUAAUGAUGCUUCCAUCAGAUAUAUAAAGCUUAGGACUUUCUCAGCAGUCUUGAGUUCAUGAUCUGCUGCAGGGGUGGGGAACCUGGGACCCUCCAGAUGUUGCAAGACUACAUAUCCCAUCAUCUGCAGCCACCACCUAUGCUAACUGUGGCUGAUGGGAAUUGGAGUUGAGCGGCACCUGGAGGGCCAUAGGCUCCCCAACCAUGACUGUUUGGAGCCUCAGCAGCUAGGUGGAGCUAGGUGGACAUGUGCACAUUCAGAAGGUAGCACAUGCUUUGCUUGGGGAUCAUUUGCCUGAACGUUGAGAACAAUUUUGGGCAAGGAAAAAGUGCUGAGUGGUGAGAAGUUAACACUUCCUGAGGUGAAAGUCCAGUAUUAAUACUGUGAAUUGCAGACUUAUUUGUUCCCAAGCAAAGCCUCUCAAAGUAACUUUUUUGUUACUUGACUGAUGUCAUUCCUCCCUAAAGGCCAUUUCUGUUACCCUUCCCAGUACCUACUUGUUGCACCUUGCCUGCCUUGUGUGUUUCUUGCAGAGGCAGCCGCACGAGCCGCACGGCAGGCUCAAACGGAGGACCUGACCAGGGUGGAUGUGGAGCACGUGGAAAAAGUGCUGCCGCAGCUGGUAUGUAACACACAGCUUGGAUUCCUAAAUUAACAGGAUAAGGAUGUGGGCAAAGGCAUCUUAAUCCCCUUCCUUUGGGGGGAUGUUUGGCUGGUUAGUAAUAUCCUCACCGGGCAACUGGAACUCAGGCAAAUCAGCCAAACAGUUUGGGGAGAACUCUUUGCUCACAGUAACUUAAAAACGCUUAAUGUUUACAGCUUUUGGACUUCUAG